UGGGAGUUGGUGCCCUCUGCGUGUAGGGAGCGACGGCACUGAUUAUUUGACCAUUACCUCUCCGCUCCUGCUGGCCUCUCUAAUGCCACACCUGACCUUCACUGCUAUAACAUUGUAUCACGGCCCCUCCUCUGCAUUGCAGGGUGGUUCCUCCUGCAGGCAGAGGUGGGUCGUUAGUGCUGCCAUUAUAUGAAAAAUAAUUAUGUUCACAAAAUAAAGAGAAUUAACAAAUAACAUUCUUGAUUUUAUGGUAUUUCAUAAAACACCCCAACUUUUCUGGAAUUGGGGUUGUGGAUUAUGCUUUGGCAGAAAGCGACACGUGUCAGUCACAACUGAAGGUGCCACAACAUACUGCAAAAUGUUCUGCAAUUUUCAGCGGCAUAUGCCACAAUCCAAGCUCAGUCAAUAGCGUAAUGUUGAUCACAACAUCAUUAAUUUCCACUUGUUACAAAAAGAAAAUUUGGGGCCUAUUUGUAAAGGUUAAAAAACGUGCUGUUUCAAUAUAGCUACAAGACAAAUAAAUAAAAAAAUCAAUUUCAAUAUUCUGACAUCCAGAGCAACACACAUGCAUGCUUACACUUACAUCUUGUUAAUUGUGGUUUCACAAAAUAGUUGAUGCUGAUGAAAAGAAGUAAUACAAAUUAUAUCUUCUCACUAUCAGUGUUACUUGACACUUCAAGCUGAGAAAAAAAAAAAUUACAGGUCUCCACCCAUCCUUAUAUUCAUUAAGUGUUUUGGGAACAGAAGCUUAUUGAUUGUUUGAUUGUGUUCAUGAUGACCAUCAUCUCUCUGCUCCUGCUGGUCUCUCUUCUGCCACAUCUGACCUUCACUGCUCGUGUGAAUGUGGGUAUAGUGAACGGCACAGAAGCAAAACCCCACUCCAGACCUUACAUGGUUUCUCUUCAGAAGUACUUUAAACAUUUGUGUGGUGGAUUCCUCAUUUCUGAUGAGUUUGUCUUGACUGCUGCACAUUGCAAUAAUAAGGGGCUAAAAGCUGUGGUUGGUGCACAUGACUUAAAAAAUGAUAAAGGGUCCGUCCGCAUUGGAGUGAAGUCAUACCACAUUCAUCCAGACUUUAACAAUCAAACUUUUAUGAAUGACAUUAUGCUUUUGAGGUUAGAGAAAGAAGUCGAACAAAACAAGAUUGUCAAUAAGAUUUCCAUACCAACACAAGAGGGAGACAUCAAAGCUGAUUCUGUCUGCAGUGUUGCCGGCUGGGGAGAACUGAUAUUAAAUGGGGGAAAAAGCAAUCUUCUUAUGGAAGUCGAUGUGAAGAUCAUGAAUAACACACAAUGCAAAAAUAAAUGGAAGGAACUCUACUCAGCCUCACAGAUGAUAUGUGUCCACGGCCAUGGAGGAAGCUGUACCGGGGAUUCAGGAGGUCCUUUGGUUUGUGGAGACACUGCAGUCGGUGUCACUUCCUAUGGUGACCCAACAGCCUGCAACAGUCUUAAACAACCUGAAGUUUAUGCAAAGAUUUCAGCAUAUCUCCCAUGGAUCCACUCCAUAAUUGCAAAUUUUAAGUGAUUUUUGCAAUGAAAAAGGAUGAAGUCUUUCUUUGAAUGUUUAAUAAACUAAUCAUGUGUGAAGCAUCAA